UUGUUGUGCCGUGCACUCGUAUCAAGGUUUAUUGUGUGUUUUUUCUCUUAUUUAUCUUUAUCUCCUGUGUUUAUACCUGUAGUGUACCUGUAGCUAUUUGACAUCCAUUAUUACAAUGUGCGGCACAACUAAGUUUGCAAAAGAAUUCUGUGAUAUCAUUGAUUCCUAUGGCGGCAGAGAUAAGGUAAUGAAGGUGUUGUGCUAUAGCGCCAAACUCGUGGCUGGAUAUCAUGCAAAACGAAAUCCAGACUUGGCUAAGCGCUAUGCUAUUGCCAGUUCCAAAAUAUCAGGAGCACGCGCCACGCUGCGGCUUAUAGAUGACAUACCGAUGAUACAAUACGCUUUAGAAUAUGGUCUGGGAGAGAAUGAACCCGAUCGCAUUAUGGCCAUACUCGGCGUUACUGCGAAUAUUGUGGAUCUACUUUAUUACCCCAUCGAGAAAAUCUGCUGGCUUUCCGAGCACAAAAUUGUCAAUGUAAAGCAUGCCGAUAGUUGGGAUAACGUCAAUUCUAUAUUUUGGGUGCUUUCGGUGUACUUAAAUUUGAUGCGAACGAUGCGCAACUUCUCUUUGAAUCAGGACAAGCUCAAUCGCAGCCACAAACUAAGCGACCCCAGCAGCAUUGAUUCUAAGGCGUUGGGCAAGCAUAGGCUGGAAAUGCUUUCCAUAGUUCGACUAUCUUUGGAUCUUCUCCAUGCUGUUAGUACGCUACCAAAAGGCUAUCUCUGGGGUGGCAAACUCUCUACAUUCCAGGUGGGUGCUAUUGGCACCAUGUCCGCUGGCUUGGGCAUUUAUCAAAUUUUUGCCAAGAGAAGACUGAACAAGUAGUUUUCGAGUAUUGUACCUUUUGUAUGCCGAGACGGUAGUAUUCGUUGAAUUAUUUAAACUAGUUUUAAUUGGUUUUCGAAGAAAACAACAAAAAACAUUAAGGGUAUCUACAUCAAAGCUGUUAAGUCCUUCAGUUGUUAAGAGUACUGUCAAGCCAAAACAAAAUGUCAACUUAAACAUGCCUGGCAGCCAUGCAUGCAGAUCAUAAAGAAUACAUAAACUUUGAAUAACUUAUUAAGAAAAACAUAGACGAAACAGAGUUUUAUAGAGUGUGGGCUGAAAAAGUAGUUAUUAAAAAUUUUCAGUUGUAAAUAGUAAUGAGGCGAAUGCACGGUGGGCCGCGUUCAAAAAUUGUUAACACUGAAAAGCUUAAUAACAGACUGCGGCUUUAAAGCCACAAUGAGAUAAGGAAUAAAAAGUGACAAGUAAUAGCUAGAUGAUGGAGAAAUAUUUACAGAAGAAAUGAUGAAUGAAGUUUAUAAAACCGACUGCCCAUAUAAAAGAGAAGCGCAUUAGGUAAGGUCGAUAAAGAUAACAAUGAGGGAAACAACUUGAUGUGAAUACCCUGUAAUUACAAAUCGCGUUAAAUAAGCACAUAUUUACGUAUAUGUAUGUAUAAAAAUGCAAUAAAUUUAAGAAUAAAGUUUUUCACCUACGGA